AUGACUAACAAUAACAGUAGUAUUACGUUGCAUCAUUCAAGUGGAAAAAAUUUAACUGUUUAUAUAUGUAUUCAUCUGGUGAUGCCAUGUGCUGUUGCUAUUGGCAUUAUUGGCAAUCUUUUAUCUAUACUAGUAUUUGCACGUCGUGAAAUGAUAAAAUUUUGUGUAUCUAUAUUUACAAUUGUUCUUGCAGUUAGUGAUAUUCUUUUGUUAACUACUUCAUUAUUUAAUAUAAUAUUGCCGGAUUUUCGUGGUAGAUCAUUGUCAGAUGAAUCGGUAUUUUGGUGUCAUUUUCAUGGUUAUUUUGAUCUUCUAUUUGCUUCAGUAAGUGGUUAUUCCGUUGUAUUUAUAUCAGUUGAAAGAUGGUUUUCUAUUUGGAAACCAUUUGAAAAAGCACAAUAUGUUACAUUUAAAACAACAUUAAUAACUGUUAUCAGUUAUAUAUUAAUAUCAAUAUUUGGUUUCUCAUGGUUUCCAUUUACAUUAAAAUAUAAUCCAAAUUCACUUAAACCUGAAGAAGCAUGUGGAUUAUCACAACCAACUGUAUAUAAAAUAUUUGGAACUAUAUCAGUUAUAUUUACUUAUAUUGUACCAUUCUUUUUUCUUGGUAUACUUAGUAGUCUUAUUGUUUAUCGUUUACAUACUCGUCAAAAUACAGUAAUACAACGUUCAAUAAUGCAAACAAGUAAAACAUUUAGUAUUGAUUCAUCAUGUGGAACAUCAUCAACACGAAAAAGACAACAAAAACAACGAAAUAUUGAUCGAAAUAUAACAUUUAUGUUAAUUGUUGUUGCUAUUGCUUUUAUGGUUAUGACAUUUCCAUAUCAAAUCUAUUGGUUUUAUAUGCAAAUUCGUCAAUUGACUGGAAAAAAUACAACUUUAGUUACAUUAACACAAACAUUUCGUUAUUUGAAUUGUUGUUGUAAUUUUUUUCUUUAUUCAGCUACAUCAUCAUUAUUUCGUCGUGAAUUACGUGAAAUAUUUCAAUGGACACAUUCAUUACAAUCAAAUAAAAAAAGUAUUACUAUUCAUGAUGAUCAACAAUCAAGACGAUUUUCAACUGUACCACUUGGUUCACUUCAUAAAAAUAAUAUUCCAUCUGAACAACGAAAUCUUUUAUUAUCAACAAAAACACAAACAUCAUUAACAAAAACAACUGUUGAAAAUUUGAAUCUUCGAGAUUUAACAAAUGGAAAUACGACUUCGUCUAAAACAUAG